GCCGGCACCUGCAGGGCUCUGCCUGUCCUGGGGCAGCAGCAGCGGCUCCCUCCGCCCUGGCACUGCUCAGCCCACCCUGGCUCGGGCAGGGGAUGACCCACGCCCGGGCUCUGGAGAGCUCGGUUUGGUUGGUGCUUGUGCCACCUCCCAGAUCCAGAUCGGGCUGCGGCACAGCUGGGAUGAUGGGAUGGGAGGGCUCUGUCCUCACCAAGGCUGUGCUGGUGAAAGUGGGAGAAAACAGAAUUUCUCCUUCCUUCGGGGCUGGGGUAAGCACCAUGCUGAGGGAUGAUCCCACCCUGUUAUUGCCACCCUGGUGGAGCCGUGCAGGUGGAGCAGGAGGUGGCUGUGGCCUCUCACUGCCUGGAGCGUGUGGGUGAGGAUGUUCCCUGCUCCGUGAGCACCUGCUGUAGGCAGGUGUCUUCUUCCAGAUGUGCACCUCCCUCCAGAUGUGCCCCUGGUGGAGCAGCUGCUCUGGGGAGGCUGAGGCACGGUGGAACCAAGGUCUGGGCUGUGUGGAAGCAGUGACUUGUGUGUGGCUGAGGAGCUGCUGGGGGCGGGUGGAGGGCACAGGGGUGCUCAUCUGUCGCUCCUUUCUGGGCUGUUUGCAGCAGGGGUUCACUGGGUAACUGGCUCCAUCUUCCCCGAACCAGCUCCCUCCUCCUCUCCCCAUUAUUUGUGCUUUCUUCUUGCCUGCCGUGAUAUUUUUACCUUCAGUUCGUUCAGAUUAUAUGAUCAAAGGAGCCACAAAGGGGAGAGAACAGAGAGGGAAAAAGCUUGAAAGAAGAAAGGGAAAGGCAGUGGGCUCUGGGGGCACUGCCAGCUCUGCGGGAGCUGCCGUGGGCUCUGAGGGUUUUCCUGGGAGCGGGUCCAUGGUGUGAGCAUCCCACCUUUGAUGGGCAGAAGUGUUGCAGCUCCAGGGAUGAGGGUGGGAGAGGUGACCUGCUUUUGGCUGCUGCGGGGCUCUGAAGGCAGCUGUGGUGUCUGAGCAUCCCUUCGUCUCCCCAUCCUCCUCCUCCCCGGCACGGGCAGAGCCUGACCCGCUCCCAGGCCGUGCAGGAGCCACAUUCCCCUGCUCCGUGCCCACUGCUGAUGCAUGGCGUGGUCCUUGCAGAGGGGACAGCACCGUGCAAGCUCUGAUCCCUGUCCCUGAUCCCCAUCCCAGCAGGGCUGUGCUCCCAGGGGCUCUCCUGGCAGGCUGGGGCGGGGGCUUUGCUGCGGCAUUCCCAACCUCCUGCCUUUGGAAGCACAGAGCUGGGCACCGGGUAAUUCUGGUUCCUUAAAAGCCCCGGCUGUCAGAAUCGCUUUGGAGAUGGGCCUUCAAGCGGCUGCUGCGGCGGAGGUGCAUAAUUUAUGGAGGUCUCCAGAGGAAGGACCCGAAGCUUUGCACGGGCUCGUGGCUCUGCUGCUGCCUCUCCUCUCUGGUGUAGCCAUGCAGACCUUGACACCCUCCUGCAUCCCGACCUCCCGCUGCUCCCCCGGGGCCGGCAGCACCGUGGGGAGCCGCUGACGGAGCCGGAUCCCUCGGGAGCCAUGCCACCCACCCAGCCCAGCCCGGCCCCCUGAGCGCCGCGUUCCCGGCCCGCGCUCUGCCCCAGCACGGCCUUGGCGAUGAGCGGGGGUCACUUUUGCAUGGAGCGUUUGUCCUUCUGCCUCCUCCUGAGUGCCUGCAGCUGGGGGUGGGCGCCCGGGGGUGCUGCCAAGCCCAAAGGCCAGGGCUACCCGCACAUGAACUCCAUCCGCAUCGACGGGGACAUCACGCUCGGGGGGCUCUUCCCCGUGCACGGCCGGGGCGCCGAGGGCAAAGCCUGCGGGGAGCUGAAGAAGGAGAAGGGCAUCCACCGCCUGGAGGCCAUGCUCUUCGCCCUGGACCGCAUCAACAACGACCCCGACCUGCUGCCCAACAUCACGCUGGGCGCCCGCAUCCUGGACACGUGCUCGCGGGACACGCACGCCCUGGAGCAGUCGCUGACCUUCGUGCAGGCCCUCAUCGAGAAGGACAGCACCGAGGUGCGCUGCGUCAGCGGCGGGCCCCCCAUCAUCACCAAGCCGGAGCGGGUGGUCGGCGUCAUCGGCGCCUCGGGCAGCUCCGUGUCCAUCAUGGUGGCCAACAUCCUGCGGCUCUUCAAGAUCCCCCAGAUCAGCUACGCCUCCACGGCGCCGGACCUGAGCGACAACAGCCGCUACGACUUCUUCUCCCGCGUCGUCCCCUCGGACACCUACCAGGCCCAGGCCAUGGUGGACAUUGUCAAAGCCCUCAAGUGGAAUUACGUCUCCACCUUGGCCUCCGAGGGCAGCUACGGCGAGAGCGGGGUGGAGGCCUUCAUCCAGAAGUCCAGGGAGGAUGGCGGGGUCUGCGUGGCCCAGUCCGUGAAGAUCCCGAGGGAGCCCAAGCCGGGGGAGUUUGACAAGAUCAUCCGCCGGCUCCUGGAGACCUCCCACGCCCGCGCCGUCAUCAUCUUUGCCAACGAGGACGACAUCAGAAGGGUGCUGGAGGCGGCCAAGAGGGCGAACCAGACGGGGCACUUCAUCUGGAUGGGCUCGGACAGCUGGGGCUCCAAAAUUGCCCCUGUCCUGCACCUGGAGGAGGUGGCCGAGGGCUCUGUCACCAUCCUGCCCAAGAGGGUGUCAGUCAGAGGUUUCGACCGCUACUUCUCCAGCAGGACCCUGGACAACAACCGCAGGAACAUCUGGUUUGCCGAGUUCUGGGAGGAGAACUUCCACUGCAAGCUGAGCCGGCACGCGCUGAGGAAGGGCAGCAACAUCAAGAAAUGCACCAACCGGGAGAGGAUCGGCCAGGACUCCUCGUACGAGCAGGAGGGGAAGGUGCAGUUCGUCAUCGACGCCGUCUACGCCAUGGGACACGCCCUGCACAACAUGCACAAGAAGCUGUGCCCCGGCAAGGUGGGGCUGUGCCCCAGCAUGGACCCGGUGGACGGCGUGGAGCUGCUCAAGUACAUCCGCAGCGUCAACUUCUCAGGCAUUGCUGGGACUCCUGUGACGUUCAAUGAGAACGGAGAUGCUCCGGGGCGUUACGACAUCUACCAGUACCAGAUCAGGAACUCCACCCCUGAGUACAAGGUCAUCGGGCAGUGGACAGACCACCUGCACCUCAAGGUGGAGAACAUGCUGUGGCCUGGGGGCGGCAGCCAGCAGCCCAGCUCCAUCUGCAGCCUGCCCUGCAAGCCGGGCGAGAGGAAGAAGCUGGUGAAGGGCAUCCCCUGCUGCUGGCACUGCGAGCGCUGCGACGGCUACCAGUACCAGCUGGACGAGUUCCACUGCAAGCGCUGCCACUUCAACGAGCGGCCCAACGAGAACCACACCAGCUGCACGCCCAUCCCCAUCAUCAAGCUGGAGUGGAGCUCGCCCUGGGCCGUGGUGCCCGUGUUCAUCGCCAUCGUGGGCAUCAUCGCCACGCUGUUUGUGGUGAUCACCUUCGUGCGCUACAACGACACGCCCAUCGUCAAGGCGUCGGGGCGGGAGCUCAGCUACGUCCUGCUCACGGGCAUCUUCCUCUGCUACGCCACCACCUUCCUGAUGAUCGCCGAGCCCGACCUCAGCACCUGCUCCCUGCGGCGCAUCUUCCUGGGGCUGGGCAUGAGCAUCAGCUACGCCGCGCUGCUCACCAAGACCAACCGCAUCUACCGCAUCUUCGAGCAGGGCAAGAAGUCGGUGAGCGCCCCGCGCUUCAUCAGCCCCGCCUCGCAGCUGGUCAUCACCUUCAGCCUCAUCUCCCUGCAGCUCGUCGGCGUCUGCAUCUGGUUCAUCGUGGACCCGUCCCACUCUGUCAUUGACUACGAGGACCAGCGGACUACAAACCCCCACUUUGCCCGGGGCAUCCUCAAAUGUGACAUUUCGGACCUGUCCCUCAUCUGUUUGCUCGGGUACAGCAUGCUCCUCAUGGUCACCUGCACUGUGUACGCCAUUAAGACCCGCGGGGUCCCGGAGACCUUUAACGAAGCCAAGCCCAUUGGGUUCACCAUGUACACCACUUGCAUUGUGUGGUUAGCCUUCAUCCCGAUAUUUUUUGGGACGUCGCAGUCGGCAGAGAAGAUGUACAUCCAGACCACGACGCUCACCAUCUCGGUGAGUCUGAGUGCCUCGGUGUCCCUGGGCAUGCUCUACAUGCCCAAGGUGUACAUCAUCCUCUUCCACCCGGAGCAGAACGUCCCCAAGCGCAAGCGGAGCCUCAAGGCGGUGGUGACAGCGGCCACCAUGUCCAACAAGUUCUCUCAGAAGGGAGGGUUCCGCCCCAACGGAGAGGCCAAGUCGGAGCUCUGCGAGAACCUGGAAACGCAAGCACUGGCCACCAAGCAGACCUACGUCAGCUACAGCAACCACGCCAUUUAGCUCCAGGAGCAGAGCAGGAGGGACAGCGGCACGGGACAGGCAGGUGGCAGCCAGGGGACACGCCCCGGGGGAAAAUGCCAUCGACAGCAGCAAAAAAAAAUCCAUAAAGAAACACUAAAACUCUUCCAGCGCCCACGGUGGCGAUGCAUGGCUCCCACGGAGGGAUGGAGGAGCACGGGCAAGAGGGCACGGACUUCAGCAAGUCUUUGGGUUUGUUUUUUUUCCUGUAUUUUGGCAAAAAAAGGAGGAAAAAGAAAAUAAGAGCCCCAGCAUUUUCCCUUUUCUGGAAUUUGUGAGAUUGUUUGUGGUUGUGCAGAACCUUCUGUUUUAUUUUUUUUAUUAUUUUUUUAAUCCUCCAUUUUCUUUCGUUCCUGUCUUCCUCCGUCCCUCUUCACUCUCUUCCCCAUAUCCUACCAAAUUCUAUAUGUUGCAAAAAGGAAAAAUAAAUAAAAAUACUUAAAAUUUACAUUUAAAAAAAAACAGACAGCAAAAUAAAAUAAAAUAAAACCUCGACUGUGUUCAAAGUGCUGAUUUCUAUAGGUGGUUCCUUAAUGUAUGUGAUGACCAUAUGGAUUGAAAUAUGUCUGCUUUAUGUACUGACCAGUCAAAAAACAAAAACACACAAAAAAAACAAAGUUCAGUGCCUGGAUGUUUAUGAAUUAUUCGAUGACUGUGUAGAGCAUGAUCAUUUUUAUACGAGGAGAUUUCUAAUAAAAGACCCUGGUUUUGCACUCGG